AAAAAAAAAAAAAAAAAAAAAAAAAAAAAAACUGACAUGUACCACUUUUCAUGUGAUUUGGGCUAGACCAAUGCUGUGACGCCAAACGAAUUUUUAGCACGCGCAAGGCAGCUUUUGGAUCCUGCACAGUUUGAGAUUUUGGAUGGUAUUAGGAGGAGGCAUGGAGCACGAUCAUCAAUCACAGGAGAUGGGUCGCAACAAGUACCCAAUGGAUCUUCUCCUACAAUGGCAGCAAAUCAGGCCUCAAUUGGCUCUGUUUCUCUUCCUACUCCAUCAGCAGCUUCACAAAACUCGCAGAUCAGGGCCGGUCAAUCGGCUGCGAUGGAAAGCUCAGCACCAACUCCUGGUUCAGUUUCGACUGCGGGGAUUAGUUUACCAUCUACUUCAGCAAGUAAUAUGAAUUUACCGAGUGCUUCACAACAGGCAGUCUCAGGAUCUGUCUCUACCAGCCUGCCUCCAACAUCAGCUAAUGCUCUACUGUCGGCUCCUGUACGCAAGAGGAAUACUGAUAAUGCAAGCACCUCUAGCACGACUUCUGAUAGCAAAAUGGCUUCAAAAAGAGUAAAGACAGAGCAUCAGAACAUUGUGGCAGGAAGCAAUGGACCUUCUGCAGCCUCAUCGCCCAUGUUUCCUUCUACUUCUGGAAUUGCCACACCAGCAAGUGCGGCCAGUCCAGGAGUAUUUGGUCGUGUAUCCCUUCCUGGUCAACAAAAGGCGGCAGCGACAAGUGGAACAGGGGCAUUGGGAGCAACAGGAGGCGGAGGUAGUGGCGGUGGUGCAGGGACGUUUGGAGGGGCAAGCAAGUCCUCUACUGGUCAGGGUACGGGUGUUGAGAGAGUCAACUAUGAUAAUAUCACGGAUGUCAUGGGCUAUGUGGGUGUUGAUUUAAAAGAAGAGUCCGACAAUAUCAUGCGUGAUAACGAUGGAUUCUCAAAGACAAGUGGAGGUGAUGGUCAGGAUCGGACACGGAUUCAGAAUUUUGUGAACACCAAGCUUCUGAAAACCAUUGUUGAUCGUAUAGCGGACUCACAUAAGCUAGAAAAUGUAGAUACGGAUGUGAUUGCAUACUUGGCAAUGGCAACACAGGAACGACUCCGAGGUCUUGCAGAACAAAUGAUUUUGGCUUCGAAACAUCGCGGCCGGUCAUUAGCCACUGCACCACCACCCAUGUAUGAUGAAGAACACGCCAUGUACAAAGUAGCGGUCUCUCAGGAUGUCAAGAAGCAGCUCCUGGCAAUUGAACGUGUAGAGCGCGAGGAAGAGACUAAACGUAAAGAACAGAUAGCAGAACGUGAGAGGAGAUUGGCUGCUGGAGAAGACCUGGACGAGAAUGGAGAACUCCUCCGUGGAGGAAUAGGAGGAGCAGGAGGGGGAGGGGGAUCGAGUGUCAAGAAGGGUAAGAAACAGAAGGAAGGUGGACCGGGUGUAAGUGCAAGGAAUAUGACAGAAGAAGCAAGGAAAAAGGUCGCCAAUCAAACAGCAUUAGGAUUCGCUGGAGGUAGUGGGCGUACAUAUUCAUGGAUGAUGGGUGGUACUGGAGCUAGCGGUGGAGGGGGAGGUGGCACAGGAGGCUUUGGAAAUAGUGGCAAUGAUGGAGGUGCUGCAUCACCGUUGCCGUCUGUUUCAACGCCGGGAGCCUCUGGAGUAGCGGCUAAUGCUGGAUCGCCUUCAGCGUCAGGAGGCGUUUCUGUAGGAGGUAUUGGCAAUAGUGGCUCAACCAAACCAAGCCUUUCACGUGGAUCUACAACAUUGGCAGGUUCUAAUGCAGGAGUGAGUGGAAUUGGAUCAUCAAACGCUUUGACAUCUGGAGUAGCAUCAUCUUUGGUGUCAAGAGGUGUAGGAGCAGGAGGUGGGUCCAUGAUCUUGCCACCUUCAACAGUAGGCCGUUCCUCCAGUCUCUUGCGGGAUACAGCACGUAAAGUCAAUGUGAAGGAUGCGUUAUUCUGUCUGGAGCGUGACCGUGGUGGUGGAGGAGGAGAGGGCAGUGGUCAGAGAGUGCUGAUUAAAAGUUAUGUGAAGUGGCUCAAGUAAAAAACCGCUUAAUUUCUGUUCUACUCAAUCAGGAAAAACCCCGCUUGGAGAGCAAGUGCUAUUAUACAUUCUUCUACAUUUAUAAAUACUACAUGGACUAAAUGGGGACGAAUGCAUGCUUGCUAAAUGCAAGACUGUUGAAAAAUGUAACAUGUAGUUAAAAUUUAAUCUUUUGGUCGCACACACACUCCGAUCACCACAGAUAAAUGGUUAAGCUUUCGUCAGUUAAGGAGUUGAGUUGAUUAUUAAUGGAGAAAGAGAAUAUCCGAGAAACGACAUUGAUGGGGGGCG